GUCCUGAAGCCCAGGUUCAAGCCCCAGACCCACAGACGAGGGUGCUGUGCUGCCUUCCCCCUCCCUCAAUGAGAAGGAAGCUUGGAGUGAUAGAACCCGCGUGCAGGAACCCCCAGCUCUGCAGAAACAACUGGUUUUGAUCAGUGUAGCAUUUGGGGUACAUUCAGCAUCCUGCUUAUUCCUGCGCUUUUAGAGAAAAUUUGACUGGAUGUGGCUAGAGACAAGUGACACUACAGCAGUCAGCCUUGCAACUUAACAUAAAGACAGACAGGAUAAAUUGGGACAUGGGAAACUAGCAUCACUGGGAGGGGCUAGGGAAGCAGUUUGGGCAGAAUCCAUUGCCCUCCCGGCUGGCUGUGGACAACAGACUUGUGGGGCAUUCGGAGUGCCUCCCGUGCAUCACUACACUGCCACUGCAGUGCAGUGGGCUUGGUGAAGUAGGCCCAGGGGGUUGUGGAAGGAAAUUUGGAAGGGGUGGGGUGGAGGUAGAUAGCAUAAUGGUCCUGCAAAGAGAGACUUAUGCCUGAGGCUCCAAAGUCCUAAGUUCAAUUCCCCAUCUCUCCUCCGCACCAUCAUAAACCAGAGUUGAGCAGUUCUCUGGGGAGAAAAUAAAAAAAAAAUUGGAGUCAGCGAGCUUGCUGGAACCAACCGGCAGCUGGCGGGCUGGAAGGUUCCCAGGAGUUAGACGUUGAGUUUAGGGACUUGGUUCUUAUCUGCAGUUUGCAAAAGUGGAGCCGGCCUAGGGGAGCUGUCCAGGGUGCCGGCUUUCCUCUGAGCCCCUGUGAGCUGGUGGUAGCGGGCGCCGGGCCCACGCGGCCUCGGGCGGGCCGCUCCCCCAGGCCCCAUCCACUCGGGGUCCCGCGGGCCGCGCCCCCUGGUGCUGGAAGCCCCGCCCCCAGGCGACACGCCGCUCCCGCGACGUCCAAUGAGCCUCGAGCGGGGCGGGGCGGGACGCGGCUGAAAGCCAAUCAGGUCUCGGGGGCGGGACCACGGCGGGUGGCCGUGGAGCCCGGGCCUCGCAGACCCCAGAGCCCGGCGGGGGCUUGCUGUGCGUGUCUGUGCUGCCCGCCGCCCCCGGGUCGCGGCGCCCUGCCUCCCGCACGUUUCCCGCCCGCACCGGGCUCGGCAGCCGCGGACAGAGCACCAGAGGCGCGUGCGGGGCGGGAGGCCUGGCACCGGCCUGCAGGGGGCCUGCCUCUCGGACCCCGCGGAGCCACCCACCGCUUGCCCUUUGUCGCCCGGGGCCCUCGCCCGCGGCACCUCUGCAGGACCCAGGUGCCAGGCGAAGCCAUGGAGCUGAGUGGCAGGAAGAAGCUGCACGCGCUGUCUCUGGCCGAGAAGAUCCAGGUGCUGGAGCUGCUGGACGAGUCCAAGAUGUCGCAGUCGGAGGUGGCCCGGCGCUUCCAGGUGUCGCAGCCCCAGAUCUCUCGCAUCUGCAAGAACAAGGAGAAGCUGCUGGCCGACUGGCGCAGCGGCACCGCCAACCGCCAACGCAAGCGCAAGCGGGCGUCCAAGUACAGCGGGCUGGACGAGGCGCUGCGGCGCUGGUACCACGUGGCGCGGGCCCGGGCCUGGGACGUGACGGGCCCCGUGCUGCUCCACAAGGCCAAGGAGCUGGCCGACGUCCUGGGCCAGGACUUCGUGCCCAGCAUCGGCUGGCUGGUGCGCUGGAAACGCCGCAACAACGUGGGCCCGGGGGCCCCCCGCCACGUCCUCCUGCCCCCCGGGUCCCUGCUGUCCAUCCCGGCCCGGCCGCCGGCCGCCCUCCGAGACUUCGCCCCCGAGGACGUGUUCGGCUGUGCCGAGGUGCCCCUGCUGUACCGGGCUGAGCCGGGCGGCCGGGUGGGGGCCGGCGAGUGGGUGCGGGUGCUGCUGUGUGCCAGCAGCCGGGGCACAGAGAAGCGGCCGGCGCUGGUCACCGGGCCCCGGGCUUCCCCCGCCUGCUUCUUUGGGGUCAGCAGCGAGGCCCUGCCAGCCUCCUACUACCCGGGCCCGGCCACCCCCUGGGCAGAGUGGCUGGUGCGGUUUGACCGGGACGUGGGGCGGCAGGGCCGGCGGGUGGCCCUGCUGCUGGCCACCCGGGAAGCGGGGGAGCUAGCAGGCCUGCCGGGGCUCGGCCACGUGCGCCUCCUGCCCGUGCCCCCCGCCGCCCCAUCCCUGCCCGGCCUCGUGGUCCAGGCCUUCAAGACCCACUACCGGCGUCGGCUGCUGGGCAAGCUCGCGGCCACCCGGAGUGCCAGGGACGGCGCCUCGACGGCCCCAGCAGGGACGGCCGUCACCCUGCUGGACGCUCUGCAUCUGACGGCAGCCGCCUGGGCCAAGGUGCCCUCCCGGCUCAUUGCCCGAGGCUUCGCUCAAGGAGGGCCAGCUCCCGGCAAAAUGGACCCAGAGCAGGACCCGCCAGCGCCCCCGGGGCUGAGCCGCGAGGAGUUCUCCCACUUUGUGGACCUGGAGGGCGAGGAGCCUGAGUUGGGGGUGUGCAAGGAGGAGGUGGGGGGCCCCGGGGAAGAGGAUGGGGGUGCCCAGGACGGCUUCCAGCCUCUGCCCACAAGAGCCGACGCCCUCCAGGCCCUGGGCACACUACGGCGGUGGAUGGAGUGCAGCGGCUCCUCUCCAGAGCUUCUGGAAAAGUUCUAUGAGUGCGAGGAGGAGGUGGAGCGUCUGUGCUGCCCCUGAGGGCCCUCUCCUGCUGUUUCCUGGGAAGCGCCCCUGGUGGGCAGCAGGUAGAAGCCCUGAGGACACACAGCUUGUCAGGCCCAAGGAAGAGGGUCAGGAGUGGGGUGCUAGAGGUGCAAGGCUGCCCCUUGUAACCACGCAGGCGCUAGGGUAGGUGAAAACACGUGUGCCGGAGCCAGAGAGAGAGAGUCUGCUAAUGACAGCACCUGCUCUGCCCUGCGCGUGGCCCGGGAUUGAGCCCUGAGGAAGUUCUAGUGCUGUGAGGUCUCCCCCCAUCUCCCUGUCUUUCUAUCGGAAUGAAAAAGAGGCCUGGAGUGGUGAAAUCAUAUAUACUUGAGGCCUUGGUUCUGUGAAAACCUUUUUUUUUUUUUUUGAUGACUUAAUGCUUUCUCAAAGAACCUUUAUUUACUUAUUGGCUAGACACAGUCAGAAAUUGAGGGAAGAGGGUGAUAGAGAGGGAGGGAGAGAGAGAGAGAGAGAGAGAGAGAUACCUACAGCCCUGCCUCACCGCUCGUGAAGCUUUCCUGCGGCAGGUGGAGACCAGGGACUCGAACCUGGGUCCUUGCGCACUAUGUAACAUGUACGCUCAACCAGGUGUGCCACCACCUGGCCCCUCUUUUUUAAAAAACUAUUUUUAUUUACUACAUAUUGGAUAGAAACAGAGAAAGUAGGGGCACCCCUGGAAGUCAGUUGCCAGGGGUCGAUGCUCUAGGUCAGCAGGCUCCCUCCCCAUCCGGCCGCAGCUGGUGUAUCACGGACACUCAGACGAGCUUUCUGCCCUUAUUUUUUCUUUUCUUUUUUCUUUCUUUACCAGAGCACUACUCAGCUCUGGCUCAGGGUGCUGCGGGGGAUUGAACGUGGGACUUUGGUGCCUCAGGUAGGAGUCUCGGCAGAGCCACACUGUGAUGUAAGUGCUCGACCAGGUGCACCACUACCCAGCCACACUUAGGCUUUUCUUGUUUGAAGAAAGAUUUAUUUGAUCUCCUGAAACAGGAAGAGAGUGACGCCAUGUGUGGGAUGUAUAAUACUAGGGCUCAGACUCGGGACUCUGUGCUUUUUUAAAAAUAUUUUUUAGAGGGCCGGGCGGUGGCGCAGUGGGUUAAGCGCACAUGGUGCAAAGCGCAAGGACUGGCGUAAGGAUCCCGGUUCGAGCCCCCGGCUCCCCACCUGCAGGGGAGUCACUUCACAGGCAGUGAAGCAGGUCUGCAGGUGUCUGUCUUUCUCUCCCCCUCUCUGUCUUCCCCUCCUCUCUCCAUUUCUCUCCUAUCCAACAACGAACAACAUCAACAAUGGCAAUAAUAAUAACCACAACGAGGCUACGACAACAAAGGCAACCAAAGGGGGAAAAAUGGCCUCCAGGAGCGGUGGAUUCAUGGUACAGGCACCGAGCCCAGCAAUAACCCUGGAGGAAAAAAAAAAAAUUAUUUAUUUCCCCUUUUCUUAUUGUUGUUGAUGAUGUCGUCGUUGGAUAGGACAGAGAGAAAUGGAGCGAGUCCCCUGCAGGUGGGGAGCCGGGGGCUUGAACGCCGGUCCUUGUGUUUUGCGUCACAUGCGCUUAAACCACUGCGCUACCACCUGACUCCCGCUUUUUUUUUUUUUAAGCACAAUUUAUUUUAACUUAAUAAGAGUGACACACACACAGAGAUCAGAGCACCGCUCCGCUGUGUGGUGACCUGGAACCUCAGGCCUAGACUCAGCAGAAACUUGCAUCUGUCCUGACCCUUGGAAGUCACAGCCUCCCAGGAAGUAGCCCCCAACCCCAAGUUACGGUAAACGGGCAUCAGUUUCUUCACCGACAAAUCGGGGGGCAGGGAAGAAGCACAGCAGUCCAUGCGCCAGACUUUCACGCCUCGCAGGACCUCAUCCUCCAAAAAGCCCAGCGCUCUGCCCCCAUUGCCCCACCUCCCAGGACACGACACACUUGCCUUUGAAAUAAAUUUGUAGUGAAAGAAA